UAGAAUUAUUGAAAGUAGAAAGGAUCUUUGAAAUGGCAUGAGUUUUAUGAUUAACAUGUUAUUGCAGCCAAUGAAUGAUUUAUAAAUGUGAUUGUUGUCAUUUUUCCAGUAGUAUUUGUAGAAUGUCUGAAAUGCCCUUGAGUAAUACUACGUAGGUGUUAUGUCGAUGGAUGUAGUUGCUGUCAAUUAAUAGUUUACAUGUAAUGUAGCCAUUAAUGGGCUUAUAUGUGACCGUUGUCGUUUCCCUUGGUGUUGUAGAAUCAUCGAAAAUAGAAAGAAUCUUCGAAACGUGGUUUCUUUUUUUGGUUAAGAUCAAUAUUUGAUUUGUAGCCUAUUAAUGAUUUAUAGAUGCGAUUCUUGUCAUUUUCCAGUAAAUUUUGCAUGAAUUCUGAACUAAAAGUUUUUCUUCUAACUGUGGUAAAAAAGUUUUUCUUUGGUCUUUGUUACUGUGGGAGACUUUUUAUGUUUGUUUGACAUUUACUGUUGUCAAUUGUUUUAUUAGUGUCUAAAAAAUUAUGUAAAUGUGUUCAUGACAUAAUUGUCGCAUCCGAUUCGGUGAUGGUUAAGAUAUCCAGUUUGGACAACAUAACAUUAUGUAGAAUCUUGAUUUGGCACCAGUAAUACACCAAUCUUCGUAUUUAUAACAACAUAACAUAUUAUAAAGCUUGAUCCGACACUAGCAAUUAUAAUAAAAGUUACGUCAGAGGAUAUUUAAAUUAGGAAAUGUCCAGUUUUAUCCAUGCACGUUCCCGUAAAAUACAUUACCUAAGAUAUUCCGACUACCCAUCCAACACUAAAUGUGGUAAUUACAAUUUGCAUCUAAAAAAAACUUAUAAUAACCGUGGUUGCAACCUGAAUGGAAUUCAUCACAAAAGCAAAAAUGAAAUAAGCUUAACAUUCAUUGAGUUUGCCACACAGACCACCUUUUCCUUUUCUCUAUUGGCCACCGUGGGUGUGGCUUAAAAUGGAACCGUUUUUUGUGUUAAAGAUUACUUUAUUUAUUAUUCUUGAGUACUAUAUUUAUCAUCUUUUGCAUGGAUAUAAUAUAUCUGACAAAAUUUUGAAAUAAAAAAGUAAAUUUCUUAAAACACAACCACAUAGUAAGAAAUUUUAAUUUUUUUUUUCUAAUAUGUCAGGUUUUUGUACUUGUAUUAUUACAGUUGAUGGAGUUUAUUCUUCCGCAGAUAUUCUGGUCAAUUACUAGAAUUAUGACAUUUCAUUUGGAACAUUGUUUUUUUUAGUGCAAUAGUGAGAUCAUAGUUUAAAAUUUACCAAAUGAUUUAAGUUUAUGUAGUCAUUAUCGAGCUUCCACCUGAGAGCACAAAUCUAGCUCACAGUUCUUGGUAGAUGUAUUCGUAAAUUUCUGAGAUUAUAAGGUUCAUUCUGGUCCUACACUAUAAAACUUUAAACACUACUAUGCAAAUUUGUUUGCCUGAGAAUGUACACAUAUAUUAAAAGACAACUUCUCUAUUUGGCACCUUUCUUCUUUGUUUUUUGGUUUCCUCCUCACCCUUUUCUCUCCGUCUCUCAACUUGUAUUUUAUUUCUCAAAGGUUUCACACCAAACGUUCAAAUCAAACUUCACCCCCUGAAAGAACCGUCAAUAACAAUUCUUAACUAAUAAUGGUUGAGAGAUCAAGGAAGCCAAAGAAAGGCUCCAUCGAUGAAGAAGACAUGUCCAUUCUCUUAGAAAGGUACUCUGUGAAGACAGUGCUGACAUUACUGCAAGAGGUGGAGAAAGUUGCUGGAGAGAAAAUUGAUUGGAAUGCAAUUGUGAAAAACACUACUACCGGAAUUUCCAGUGCAAGGGAGUGUCAAAUGCUUUGGCGCCAUCUUGCAUAUGGGCAAAACCUAACAGAUCAAUUUGACAAUGCUACAAACCCUAUGGAUGAUGAUAGUGACUUAGAAUAUGAGGUAGAGGCUUUUCCUGCUGUCAACAGGGAAACUUCAAUGGAGGCUGUGGCAUGUGUUAAAGUAUUAAUUGCUUCUGAUUAUCCAAUAGAUUCACAUCCCCCAAACAAUUUGACUAUUGAAGCACCGAUGACUAUUAACGUGCCGAAGUUGAAGGCAUUCACCUCGGCUUCAGAUAAUUCAGUUAUUGCUAGAGCUAUACAGGGGACAAAUAUUAGCAUUCCUGUUUCUGUGCAAAAGCAGCCAGUGUCUUCUGGGACAUGUGGCGAGAAAAGGCCGCCUAACAAUGCGACAUCUGGAAUAACUUUUCCGCCCCGAAGAAGAAGAAGGGGUUGGUCCACAGAAGACGACAUGAAACUCACUGCUGCAGUUAAAAAAUACGGAGAACGAAAUUGGGCUAAUAUUGCAAGGGGAGAUUUCAAGAAUGACAGAAAAGCAUCAGAGCUAUCUCAGAGGUGGGGAACUUUGAGGAAAAAGCAGAGCGAUUCAAAUGUGGGAACCAGUUCGAAACAUUCUGAAUCUCAAUUGGCUGCUGCUCAUCGGGCCAUUACCCUAGCCCUAAAUACACCAAUGGGCGACAAUUUCCAUGCAAAUCGUAAUAUGAGUACUGGUGGCAUAAAAUCCCAGCAACAAUUUCAAAAGGCUUUAAAUCCACAAUUCGGAGUGGCUGGCCCUCCAAAAACUCAGGUUCCCACCAUAACAAAGCCGAAUACUAUUAUCCCAGAUUCAAAGAUCAAAGCUGCUGCAGUUGCUGCGGGGGCCCGCAUUGCCACAUCAGCAGAUGCCUCCUCACUAAUCGAGGCGGCGGCACGCUCUCAGAACGUGGUCCACAUCACCACCGGAGGUGGAGGCACUUCGAUGAUGAAAUCCUCCUCAACUACAAGCAUGUUGACCACCACAAGUCAACUCCCUAGUAAUGUGCAUUUUAUGCGCACUGCUCAGAAGAAGGCAGCACCGAUUCCGAUUCCACCCCAUUCCGCCACUCUACCACCAAACAGGCGGCCCGGUGUCGAAGCUCAACCACCACAAGGUAACUCGGCGAAACCUGCUGAGCUGGCGACUGUUGUUGAGCCUCCAUCUGGUUUGCCGAAUGCUGCAGCUACUCCUCCGUCUGUUGAAGUUGCUGUGGUUUCUAAGUCGGUAAAUGAGACGAAAGAGAUUGUCCAAAAGGCUGUUGACCUAUCGGCUCCAUUGGUCGACCAAUCAAAAGAGGGAGUUGAUAAACACCAAACUUCAGCUUCAGGUGAAAAGAGUGCCGAUAACCUAUGCACAAGCAAACAAGCAAACGGUGAAGCAACGACAAGUAUCACAGAAGCCGCAGUUGGUGAUGCGGAGAACAAAUAAAGCUAUGUAUGAAAGUUCGUAACGUACGUGUUGGCUUCCUUCACUGUGGAUGGACGUAGAAAAUAUUUCUAAAUUGGUUAUAUUAUAUUAUUUAUACAUUUUCCCAAAUGAUAAGCAUUGUGAAUUCAGGUUUGAAGGCAAUGUAUCUUGUUGUGUUCUACAUGUAACUGUUUUACAAAAGUAGCAGGAGUUUUAUCUUAUACUAUUACAAAUAGGAAAGUAUUUAUGAACUAUGAACCGUGUAAUCGUUUAGUUGAAAAGAAUGUUGCUAGACACCCAUUUUAUGUUUUAUUUUUGAAAAUUCUUGUAGCUCUAGUUA